UUCUUUUACCUUGUACCGAUAUAACGAAUUCAUGCUAGUUUAUGAUUCAACAUAACAUUGUUGCAUUGACCUGGUUACAGAAGACACGGUAGGAAAACAUGGUGGCCCAGUUGGGAAUUCAAGAUGGUUCUGUGAUUUAACAAGUGCCCUCUUGAAAUACUACCCGAGUGAGAUACUUCGAUUUAACUCCCUCUGUUGAUGGCUGAAACUCAAUUGAAGUGAUUCACUGGACUACUUUAUCAUCUUGGUCUGAGGUUGAAGCUAUUUAAUUUCUGAAUUUCCGUGAGUUUCUUAAUCCCUGAGUAUGGCCGGGAGCCAAGAUCAGUUAGAGAUCAAGUUUCGGUUGAGUGAUGGUACGGAUAUUGGCCCCAAAAGUUAUUCUGCUGCUACUAGUAUUGUAACACUAAAAGAAAGUGUUCUUGCUCAAUGGCCAAAAGAUAAGGAGUAUGGACCAAGAACUGUAAAAGAUUUGAAGUUAAUUAGUGCUGGAAAAGUAUUGGAGAACAACAAAACAGUGGGAGACUGUCAGAGUCCAUUGUGUGAUCUACCUGGUGGAGUUACAACAAUGCAUGUGGUUGUGCAACCACCUUCUGUGGAGGAAGAUAUGAAAGUAGCAAGCGAAGCAAAGCAGAGCAAAUGUGUUUGUGUGAUAUUAUAGUGUCCAGAUUGAAUAGAAGGUGUCAUCUAUUUAGGUGGUUAAAAGUUACACUUGUAUUCAUUUUAAAAGUAAUCUAUGGCUUUCAAAAGAUUUCCUCAUACACAAACUGUUUCGUUGCAUGCCUCAUUGUCUAAUUGAUGUAAAUGCUGAUUGAAAUGAGAACUCUAAAAUUAUUCUCGUGCUUCAGCUAGAUGCAAAGUGCACCUAGAGUUAAACCUGUUGAAAAUGUGCUUUAAUUUA